UCUGCCAUCCUUGCUAGCUCUGCCACGCUACAGACGUAUGACCGUAUGACCGUAUGACACGCACCGAGCCAACAUGAUUACGAACAACUGUGCAAAAACUUUCUUCUUUGCAAUUUUGUUAACUGGAUUUACUGCAGCUACUACCAUUUAUCGCAGUCAAGAGGUUAUCAUCGACGAUGCUGAUCAUUCUCUUAGUAAUAUCGAGGACACCCACUUCCCGGAAGAUAGAAGGCCAGCAAGCGGUUGCUUUUGCAAAAACAACGCCUGCAGCUGCUGUCAGCACAUCUUUAUCCCUUUCAUCUUGCACACUACAGUGUGUGUCAACGUCAGUUACAGCUUAGCAGAUUUGGGCCUGAAACUCCUCAUCAUCAUUGAUGGGAAAAUUAUCCUCUCGCAGGAAGUUUCAGUGAAGAAUCCUCCGCCCAUUUGCGUAGAAGUCCCUGUUCUCAGAAGGCUUGCGUCGUUUUGCAUCGAUUUUUACAAUAUCACAUGGCAUGGUCACGUUGGUGGAUGUUUGAAACUCGAGAUCAAACUUCUGUAUAUAAUCGAACAGACCUAUUACAUCGGUUGUUUUCAUUUCAACAAUCUUGAUGCCGAAUCCAAGGCUGGCGUGUCAGCUAUCUUGCGCGAUCUUCACAGAUUGCAGCAAAAUCGAGAAAAUCUGGCAACCCAGAUUUAGAUUGAAUCAGAAGAUUUGCAUAGCAUAUAUCGAGUCGUUCCUUGUGAGAACUCGUUAGUUUUAGAUCCUCUGUAGCUUUUUCUAUCUUGAUAUCUAGAUACAAUAUUUCAUAAA